AAAUUCAGUUCACGUUCGAGAAGACUGACGUCCCUUUGCAGAGAGAUGUGGGAAAACGACAGUGACAUACGACGACUUCUCCACAUGGUCCUCUCUCCGUCAGCGCAUGAAGAAGAAAAACCCCACAAGCAAACCACGCUCUUUCACAGCUCACUCAGAAGAAGAAGAAGAAGAAGAACAACAAUCGCAACAGAGCCCCAGCAAGACCCAAAACCCUGCAUUCACCUCUGAAUUCCCUGAUCUAAUUUAAUUUCUCUCUUUUUCCUUGAGCAUCAGAGCCUGCUCUACGGGCAGUAGUUGUGCUCUGUUUUGGUUGAGGAAGAGGAAGGAGCCCAAAAAUGGAGUCUCUGCUUCUGAGUUCUUCUCCUCCUACCCCUUCUCCACUUUCCACUGGAGAAAAGAUUUGGAGGGGCGACACUUUCAAGAAGACCUGCUUGGCAAGUUCUUAUGGUUUACAAGUUGCUAGGAGCAGCACAUUGAACAUCCUUAACAAGUACUCCGUAGCAUACCAUCUUAACAACCCCCAACCGAGGUCCAUAUCGCUUCAAAGAAGCAACAAAACGCACUCAGUUAAUGCAGCCUCUGGGCAACCACUGGAGUCUGAACCUGGAGCUUAUAGCCCUAACAACUCAUGGAAUUCUUUGAAAAAUGCUGCCGAUGCCUUUUACCGGUUUUCCCGGCCCCACACAGUUAUAGGCACAGCACUGAGCAUAAUCUCAGUUUCUCUUCUCGCAGCAGAGAAGUUAUCCGAUUUAAAUCCCACGUUCUUCACUGGAUUAUUGGAGGCGGUUGUGGCUGCCCUCUUUAUGAAUAUAUACAUCGUGGGUUUAAAUCAGUUGUCUGAUAUUGAUAUAGACAAGGUCAACAAGCCCUAUCUUCCCCUGGCAUCGGGAGAAUACUCUGUUGGAACUGGCAUCAUGAUCGUGACAUCCUUCUUAAUAAUGAGCUUUUGGCUUGGCUGGGUUGUAGGUUCAUGGCCAUUGUUUUGGGCCCUUUUCAUCAGUUUCGUGCUUGGAACAGCUUAUUCAAUUAAUGUGCCAUUACUUAGAUGGAAGAGAUCUGCAGUUGUUGCUGCGAUGUGCAUUCUGGCUGUCCGUGCUGUGAUCGUUCAGAUUGCAUUUUUCCUUCACAUGCAGACUCAUGUGUACGGAAAACCCGCUGCCCUUUCACGCCCAGUAAUAUUCGCCACUGCCUUCAUGAGCUUCUUCUCUGUUGUUAUUGCGUUGUUUAAGGACAUCCCCGACAUUGAUGGAGAUAGAAUAUUUGGCAUCCGAUCUUUCACUGUGCGUCUUGGCCAAAAGCGGGUUUUUUGGAUAUGCAUAUUACUCCUCCAAAUGGCUUAUGCUGUUUCCAUUCUUGUUGGGUCGAUGUCUUCCUAUCUUUGGAGCAAAGUCAUCACGGUCUCAGGUCAUGCUGUGUUGGCCUCCAUACUGUGGGCACGAGCCAAAUCUAUAGAUUUCAGGAGCAAGGCUGCAAUAACUUCCUUCUACAUGUUUAUUUGGAAGCUAUUUUAUGCAGAGUAUCUGCUGAUACCGCUGGUAAGAUAAGUUGAAAGGAUCAGAAGAUGGUGUAAAUGAGCCUCAGAAAUGUCGUUAGAAGAACAUAUCAUCUUAUUGAGGGAAAAACAGUUUGGAAGUCUCCUGUCGUUACCUUACGCCUUUCAACUCACUAAACAGUAGCAGUCGCCUUAAGUCCGUAUUCUGCUAACCUUUUUCCUGUGGUUCAACUAGGAUUGAGCAGCUUUGGUAGUACAUAAAUUAUGGUUCUCGGCCCCCACCCACAUAGACUAUGUUUCAUUUUGUUGUGAACUCAAAAUGAUAUGUUUCAGAGCCUUAUUGUCAUUUCAAAAAAUACUAAUUGGUUAUUUGUAAGUGACCUCAUGGGGUUUGGUGAUGGCCAGCAACAACGUCUUGAUCUUCUGAUAUGGUUUUGGAAUUGAAAAGGCUUUCUGGGCUAAAGUAUUUCAUGAGGCUUUUGGUGGAUUUCUGAUAAAUUAUUGGUAAUGCAUAUUUCCGUCAAGGUGGGAAUUUACAUUCUAAUCCCUGAUGGUUUUUU